CCGUGUCAGGGCGCUGAUAUUCUCCAUAGAGUAUAAACAUAUCACUAGAAUUUUACAGGAGAAUAUUGUUUUUUAAACAAAUUUAAUGAAAAACAUUAAAAUUUAAAUUGUUUAAUAAUAACGGAAUGGACAGCCAAGUUUGUGGUGAUGGUAGAUUAUUGGAUUUAAUCGAUGAGGCAUGGCGCAAAGAAAAAUUACCUAUCGAUGAUAUUUUAGUACCAGUAGCAGAACUACCAGAUCCCGAGAGUGACAAUGGUGAUUCGCACAUGACAUUGAAAGAAUUAGAACAAAAGUGGAAUAACUUAGCAUUAGGUACACUGAGUGAAAAUCAUUUGCAUUCCCCAACACCUUCUCAUAAUUGAAAUAUUACUUUAAAAUAAAAACGAAGAAUAUAUCAAUUAAUUAUAUAACAAAACACAUAUUGUUGGAUGCAAAUAAAAACAAAAGAAAUACAAAGAUGGAAUUUCCUAAUACGGGAGAAAAUUGUGCAUUGGACAAUUGUAAACAAUUAGAUUUUCUACCAUUUAAAUGUGAUCAAUGUCAAUUGACAUUCUGUAAGAAUCACUUUAACGCAGAGUCACAUAAAUGUUCUAAACCU